UACAAGGAUGGUAUGGAAUGAAUAGGCUCAGAUCAAAACAGUGACUCGAACGUGUAGGACUUGUUUUUGGAAUACACUAGAUGUUUGGGUACUGUUAACGCAUAGUACUCAGUUCGUUUACUGUAUGCACUGACGGUACAAUAAUGUUGUCAAGGAAAAUAGGAUUAAAUGCAUUCAACCCGAAUUACCACACAGAAAAAGACAGACAAGUCAAGGAAAAAGACAGUUUUGAGAAAACCUACAGUAUUGGGAACAUCUUGGGCAGUGGUGGAUUUGGAACGGUUUUUUCUGGAGUUCGAAAAAGGGAUAAUUUUCCAGUAGCAAUCAAGCACAUUUCCAAAGCCAAAGUCACAGAAUGGGGACAGCUAAAUGGAUGUACUGUACCCAUGGAAAUCUGUCUUCUACGAAAAGUCCAGCAUGUGUCAGGAGUUGUUCAAAUGUUGGAUUACUACGAACGUUCAGACAGUUUUGUGAUUGUGAUGGAAAGGCCCGAGCCUGUGACAGACUUGUUUGACUACAUCACAGAGAAAGUUGUCCUAAGUGAGGACAGGGCCAGGGACUUCUUCUGUCAGAUUCUCGAAAUCGUUCUCAACAUUCACAAAGCCGGUGUCGUCCAUAGGGACAUUAAGGACGAAAACAUUCUUGUGGAUAAAACAGGACAGCUCAAAAUUAUAGACUUUGGUUCCGGUGCAUUCCUCAGAGACACAGUGUACUGCAGUUUUGAUGGUACACGAGUGUACAGUCCGCCAGAAUGGAUCCGGUAUCAUCGAUAUCAUGGCCGUUCGGCAACAGUUUGGUCACUUGGCAUCUUGCUGUACGAUAUGGUGUGUGGCAAUAUACCCUUCGAACAGGACGACCAGAUCAUGAAGGCCGAGCUUUCUUUCAAAGGCAGGCUAUCUCCAGAAGUCAAAGACUUGGUACGUCGCUGUCUUGCCAUCCGUCCAUCUGAACGUCCGACAGUUGAACAGAUAUUUGAACAUCCAUGGUUACGAAUGAACAACUGCGUGCACCUGGACAAAUUACGAAAUGAAAAGACAAAUGAUUCUUCAUCUAUGAGCAGUCAAGAGUCGAUAUGACGAUGAUUUGACACAUCUAGUCAGCUGUGCAAUGUGAUAUUUAUUUUUAACUUUCGUGAAAGACUCAAACCUCUGAAGAAGACGGUUUUUCCUAACUCAACUGUGGGUCAACUUGCUCUUGACCUGUCAAAGUGAUAACUUCAGAGGCCAGAGGUCCUACAAGCGAAUGACACUGCCAUUUCAAUGCAACUUUCCUUCAUUCCGGGGGAUAAAAAACACACAAAAUGUUACUCAACAGGGUGCUAUUCCCUAAAAUCCUACGACCCAGUUCAGGUGAUACUGAAUGUUAUUUAAAGGCAGCAUCAAUGCAAAAACAUUACAUGAAAACAAGACGAACUUGGAAAAUGAUUUCAGUGACAAAAACUAAAAUGUCUCGAGUUAAACAGCUUGACGAGACCCGCGUGAUAAGUGUUACAAACUUUUAAAAAAUAUUGUUUUGUGAAAUGUGCGUGUGAACAUGUGAAAGUAUAUGGAAACUUGCCGGGUAUAUGUGUGCAAGUAUGUGGACUUGUCGGGUAUAUUAUGUGAAUAAAAUCAAUUAUUUGUGGACUGGUCAGGACAGAAACUACUAUAAUUAAUUGGGACAAUAAUUACUAUAAUUAAUUGGGGUGGGGGGGUUUGUGAAAUUUAAAAAAGGCGAAAUUACUAUGGAUUAGUUUGAUAAUUAAUUGAAUUAUUAGGACUUUUCAUGGUGGAAAAGUCUAUUUAGUUUUCACGGAUUUGUUGGGUGGGUGGGAACUUAAUUAUAGAUUGGGGGUGGGGUAUGAGUUUUGUAAUCUGAAUAAAAUGGUUUAGUGUGGUCUUGUCCAGGUUGAAAUUUAUGUGAAUGUUUUGGUGUGCAAGUUGUCAUGCAUGUGUGUUAGUAUCAUCAUUGUAUUAUUUUUUUAAAUGUUAAAUCGCAGAAUGAAUAUUCAUACGUUUGUCUCGUUCUUCCAUGUUUACAUACAGAAAUUUCAUUAUUUAUUGCUCACAUUUCACUCCCAUCUCUAAUCAUUGUAAUAUAUAUCCCAUCUACAUGAAGUAGUGGAGAAUGCACAAGGAAGUGUGGAUUUGUGGAAAUUGAAGGGUCCUCUAGUUAGGAACUAUUAAUGUUACAUGAAUCCACAAACCAUGUGCAUUCUGCAGCUUAAUCCAUUAUUCAUUUACGAAUUUAUCAUGACUGCCAAUUUAACGAUUUUAUAUUUUUAAAUGAAAAACAUUGGUUAAAAUGGCAAGGGCUAUUAACAAAACUAAUGACCCAAAAUGUCAGGAUUCUUUUGAAUCUAACCUGAACAAUUCGGCCAGUAAAUUAUCAGCGAUUGUUUGGCAUUCAACUUAAUGCAUUUGAUAAGCAUGUAAUCUACUAUUUCCAAUGUAGUAUUCGACAAUCUUUGUUGUAUUCCAUCAGAAUACAUGGCUUUUGCUUGUGUCGAGUUUAUACGGUUAUAAGGCUUGAAUCACCCCGUGGUCUAAAGCGCUCCAUUUAUUUACAGUGUGAAAGUUAUAUUCAUUGUAGGUGGGAAUCUCUGACAUGAACCUUCAAAAAGUUCAAAUUUCAUUAUUAGAACUGUAGUGUGACGACACAAUAUGGAUUAAGAUAAGUUAUUUUAUUGUGUGAAUGGCUGUUGUAAUGUGUGGUUGUAAUGUGUGGUUGUAAUUUAAGGGUACUUGAGAGAGUAUGGUUAUUUAUUUGUGGACUCACGAUGUGUGAAUCCAAGAAAAGUAUGUACAUAAAUGUAUUUUUUUUUAAAAAAACAUUGAAGUAAACAAUAAAUAUUGAAUUGUA